AUGAUGAACAGUAAUUACUGCAGCAACACUUCAGCCAGCAUGAGUGUCAACGAAGUGUCUGCCUUCCCUCUGACUUUAGAGCAAAAAACUGGGUUUGCCUUUGUGGGGAUUUUGUGUGUUUUCUUGGGACUUCUAAUUAUCAGAUGUUUCAAAAUCUUGCUAGACCCCUACAGUAGCAUGCCUUCUUCUACAUGGGAAGAUGAAGUUGAAGGGUUGGAUAAAGGAACAUUUGAAUAUGCUCUUGCAUGA